AUGGAGGAGGUUCGGGCGCGUCAUCGCCUAGAAUUGAAGGAGUUGCAAGGUAAAAUCACGUCGAAAAAGAAGAACGCUACCAAAAAGACGCGAAAAGGUGUGAAUGAUGAGUGUGAGAGGUUGGAGCAAGAACUGAAAGAGCGGCAGCAGGCCGAACUCUUGGCGUUGAUACCAGCCACUUCACCAGAUGAUGAAACUUCACAGCACAACGAAGACGAAGAUGAGAAGAAGGCGGACCACAAUGGUCGUCUUGACUCCCCAAAUGUUGAGCAGCAACCGGCAGGAGCGACGGGUAAUGCACAAGCAGCACUCGAUGCAAGAGCCAAGAAGCCAAAUCGACAGAAAGCCCGUCUUGCAAGGAAGGCUGCUGAGCAAGAGGCACAAAUCCAAGCUGCAGAACGUGAAGCUGCAAGCAUGCCAGAUCAGAGGCAGCAAGAACUGACGGCUAUGAGGCAACAGAUGAGCGACCGUGGGCUGUCUGAAACUCUUAUACGACCUGACGGGCAUUGCUUGUAUUCUGCGUGCGCACAUACCAUUCCAUCUUUAAACGGCAAGGACUAUAGAAACGUCAGGAUUGCUGCAGCAGAAUACAUCGGUACUCAUCCCGACGAUUUUGCCCCGUUUAUGGAGGAGCCUAUUGACAGCUAUACCCACAAGAUCAAAUCAACUGCUGAGUGGGGUGGUCAUCUUGAGCUACAAGCAAUUGCCAAAGCUUUUGACAUAAACAUCCAUGUAUUGCAAGCUGACGGGCAUGUGGAAGAGAUAAAAUCGAAUGACUCGGCCAAACAAGAUAUCUGGCUUGCUUACUACAAACACAGCUUCGGUCUGGGCGAGCAUUAUAAUGCAUUAAUCAAAGCAGCUGCAGGUUGA